UUCACUAAGUAAUAAAGUGAAAUUAUUUUCGUCUUUAUCGAGUACUUUGGAAGUUUUUAUUUUCUUUUAUCAAACGAUAAUUAAUUUUUAUCGAAAAUAUUAUAUAUUUUACGCGAUGGGUUGUGAUGGUGGAACGAUUCCUCGUAGAGACGAACUUGUGAGAAUAAAAAAGAAGCCAGAACAAAAAGACAAGGACGCCGAGUUAGCCUUCAGAUGGAAACAUUGUACUAUACGACAGUUGCCUCUACAACCACCCGUUGUAGCUUGUGGAUUAGGACGUCUUUAUAGCAAGGAAUCAGUUUUGGAAGGACUUCUUGAUCGAGAUACACUUCCAGAAUCAGCAGCACAUAUAAAAAAUUUAAAGGAUAUAAAGAAUCUCAAUCUUACUCCUAAUCCAGCAUUUAAUGGUAACAAAGCAGAAAAAGGAGAUUGUUAUGUUGAUGGUGGAAAGAGUCCAUAUAUCUGUCCAGUUAUUGGAUUGGAAAUGAAUGGAAAGUACAAGUUUUGUUUCUUGUGGACAUGCGGCUGUGUCAUGAGUGAACGUGCUCUGAAAGAAGUAAAAACCUCUAUAUGUCAUAGAUGUCAGGAAUCUUUUACGGAAGCGGAUAUUGUUAUAUUAAAUGCAGAUGGCGAUGAUCUUAAACUAAUGGAAGAACGUUUAAGUGCACGAAAAAUUGCACAAAAAUCAUUGAAGAAGAAAAAGAAAAAUAAUGAAAGUACCUCGACAGAAGCUACUAAUGAAAAGGAUGAAGUACCAAAAAAGAAAAUUAAAAAGGAGGAAAAACCCACUAUAACUAAGAAAAAUAUAAAUAGGAAUGAAGCAGAAGAUCCUGCAUAUAGGAAAGCUAAAGAGAGUUAUAGUGUUGCAAAAGAUCCUAAAGCAUCUGAAGUUUUCAAAAGUAUAUUCACAAGUCAUAAAUCUGCCGUGGAUCAAGAUAGGGCACAUUGGAUUACAUACAAUCCAUUUUAUAAUUAGAUUAAAUUUAUUAAGAUUACUUAUUAAGAUUUUCCUUUAAAUAUACUUUAUAUCCUCUAAUUCAUGUACUUAAGUAAUAGUUUUAGUUAAUUUUCUUACCAUUAUUGAAAAUGGUAAUUUGAAAUGUGAAAAACUAAUGUACAAAAAGUAAUAAAGUAUUUAUUAAAAUUUUUACGAAA